AAGACACAAGUGUCAUCAAUAAAUGUGAUUAUCAAAACAUUAUUUUUUGCACUGUUGUGCAUAUGAAAACUUUUCUAAGGGAGGAAGAGUUCAGGGCCACUUCCUCAUAAACAGUCAGUGAGUAAGUAGAUUUGAAAUCACCACGAUUGCCUGAAAGGUUGCUACUGGAUGAUUUCAUCCAAUCAGUGAGUGUCUUUGGUUAAGCAUCUAUUUGCAUAGAAGCCCUACAAAUAUAGGCCGGCCUUGGACUCAACUUUCACUCUCAGGGUUUACUGUGAGGAAACGCUGCAUCAUGCCUGAACCAGCCAAGUCCGCCCCCGCCCCGAAGAAGGGCUCCAAGAAGGCGGUGACCAAGGCCCAGAAGAAGGACGGAAAGAAGCGCAAGCGCAGCCGCAAGGAGAGCUACUCGGUGUACGUGUACAAGGUGCUCAAGCAGGUGCACCCGGACACGGGCAUCUCGUCCAAGGCCAUGGGCAUCAUGAACUCCUUCGUGAACGACAUCUUCGAGCGCAUCGCGGGCGAGGCGUCGCGCCUGGCGCACUACAACAAGCGCUCGACCAUCACGUCCCGGGAGAUCCAGACGGCCGUGCGCCUGCUGCUGCCUGGGGAGCUGGCCAAGCACGCGGUGUCCGAGGGCACCAAGGCCGUCACCAAGUACACCAGCUCCAAGUAGACUCGCGGGAAGCCGCUUGUCUCCCAACCCCAAAGGCUCUUUUCAGAGCCACUCAUAUUUUCA